GACCAAUGCCGCACCUUGGAGUUUGCACCUGAAAAAGCAUUCGAUGGCACACGGUUAAUCAACCAUUUGAUCCGCGUCGUUGAAGUCAAUGUUGCAAGAUUUUGUGAGAACGUCUGCUACAUGGAACCUGACUGUGUCAGCAUUAAUCUUGAUAAAAGGGCAGAUAGAAAUGGAAAUUAUAAAUGUGAGCUGAAUAAUGUAACUCGUGAAGGACACAAGAAGGAUCUGAGGGAGGAACAAGAUUUUUUUCAUCAUUCAGCUGAGGUAUGUAUUAACUACUGAUCUAUCAAUUAAGAAACGAAAGAAAAGCAUCAAAUUAAUCAUUCAAAUUUGUUUCAAUUUCUAAUAAAAAUGGUGGGGCUGACCGCCGAAAUUGUUAUUUUUACUGGCUCUGUCUCAAUCUCAAGAGAGACACAAUGCUGAAGAUACAAAGUGAAGGAGUACAUCUAAAAUAUCUAUAUGCAAUCAUUUACUUGCGUUUUGGUUUUGGAAAAUGAGCCAAAACUGAAAGAAACGACGGUUAACUACUUCGAGUCUAGACAUCACCAGUCGAUUGAAGAGUAUACACGCGAUAACGGUGAAUUAGUAAAUCAAGACGCCAAAAUCGUAUGGGCUUCUCUUUUAUCUUCUCUUGAAGUUUCCAGGUAUGACUACUUGUUUCAUGAUUGUCCUCUGGCUGGAAAUACACGGCGUCUUUUAGAGAUUCUUUCUGAUAUAUUAUACUACUUCGAGUCUAGACAUCACCAGUCGAUUGAAGAGUAUACACGUGAUAACGGUGAAUUAGUAAAUCAAGACGCCAAAAUCGUAUGGGCUUCUCUUUUAUCUUCUCUUGAAGUUUCCAGGUAUGACUGCUUGUUUCAUGAUUGUCCUCUGGCUGGAAAUACACGGCGUCUUAUAGAGAUUCUUUCUGUUAUAUUAUUCGGUAACCUCUGAUGUAACCACUUACAAUGUAGAUUUCUUCUAGCCAUUACUGACCAUGAUAUAAGCACCUCUAGCUAAUGAAGUACGAAAUUUGUCUAACAUGUUUCUCGCGCUGCAUCCUUGUUACUAAUUGUCCCUUUGGCUGCAGAGCGCCUGUGUUACAAACCACUGUAAGAAUAAUGGCACUUGUCAGAGCGGUUUUACUGACAAAGGCUAUCGCUGCUUGUGUUCUGCUGGAUACAAAGGUAGCAACUGUGGUCAAGGUAAACAGUACUCUCUCUAUAUAGAAUACAUAUCUAUAGAAUCUAUGGAGUACGAAUCUAUAGUAGAUACGUCCAAACAUAAUCACUGCUGAAAGAGAAAAUUUGUUUCCGGGGCUUGUUUAUUCCUUUUCAUAAAAAGGAGGAGAUCGAGCAGAGGCCACUUUUAAAUUCCUGCUGCAAUAACUCUUUCAACGUGCAUGGGUGUAGAGUAUUUUUGGGACCUACCCACUCGUUCUUUAUCAGAAAAAGAUAAACUGACGAGUUUAUUUUGCCAAAAAACGAACCGUUUCCAUGCUCUAUCUGAAUAAAGUGUGUUGUGAUUAUGGCAAAAAUUUAGGGUUCGAUUCAACCGAAUGUCGCAAAGCAAUAACCAUAUUAGUCAUAACAGCGACAUUCAACAAAAAAAAGAGAAAAAGCAGCAAAAAUAAAUUAGGCAUCAAAGAGGGGACGAGCAAAGUAUCCCGUGGGAUACUUUCAAAAAUCAAAACGAGUGAGGAAGCCACAAGGGGUUUGGAAGCUGCUAGUUUUCGUUGCUCCGAAGUCAUUGUAUUAAUAAAACGACUAAAAUCCAACACCCUUGCACGCUGAGAAAACGCGAGUGACCGAGCUUUAGUUGCGUUGAUCCGUUUUUUUUAGGGCUUAGCUAGAGUAUAUGGGCAAAUCAUAAAGUAAAAAAAAUCACACAUUCAAAUGAAAAGCGUUCAUUGGAGAAUUUUAACAGCUAUCGAAAAUUUACGAUGCAUAUACAUAUAUAUAUAUAAUUUUUUUUCAGACGUUGACGAGUGCUCUAAAAGAACACAUACAUGUAGUGCCAAUGCUGUGUGCACCAACACCAAGGGAUCGUUCAAGUGUACAUGCAAAACUGGAUACUUAGGAAAUGGAAAUAUUUGCACUAAACGUAAGUUUUUUCUUGUGAUGUUUUCAUGGGGUUACUUUGUGACGAUUUUUUCUAAAGAAACGUGGGCCUUUUGUUCCUAUGUUAAACGCUUUGCAUUUAUAUCCUCUAGAGAGGCUUGCACCUGAUAGCAUUUUGCAGUACCACCCAUUUAGGGUUUGUCGCUUCAAAAAGAGUGCUUUGUUUUGAUAUGCAAUUAUCCGUACCCUUUCAACUAGUUUGUAUGUUUUGGUGCAUUUUAAAGGAAACCUGAUAAUUAUAACUACAAACAAGGCUCAAUAUCAUUUACAAUUUUUUGUUUUAGCCUCAACGUGCAAGGAAAUCUUCGAUCGUAAUAUGUGAGUAAAUAAUUCACUGAUAACCAAAUAGAAUGAAAAAAGAUGAUAAUAUAUAGAUUUAGCCAAGCCUAAAAGCGGAGCUCUUGUUAGUUUAUUUUCUAGCCCCUCGUUAUAAUAAAAACUGUAAUAAAACUCUUCAGCACUGGCUGUAGAAGAGUUUCUUCAAGUGGAUUAAGAGACCAGUCCGGCGUCUUUUAGAGAUUCUUUCUGUUAUUUGAUUCGGUAACCUCUGAUGUAACUACUUACAAUGUAGGUUUCUUUAAGCCAACUGCCCAUGAUCUUAGCAACUCUAGCUAAUGAAGUACGAAAUUUGUCUAACAUGUUUCUUGCGCUGCAAAAGUUUGCUUUAAAAGAAGAAAAACUAGAGCUAAAAUGUCGUGAUUAAAACUCGAUGACGAAGAGAGACUUACUAUUCGAUCAUGAAGACAUUUGUGGAAAACUUGAGAUAAUACCUGGAUUUCAUUUUUACAUCACAGCAAUCAAUUGCAAACAUCAGUCAAGUUUUCUCUUUAGUUUUAAAUUUGAGUUUAUGUUGUUAUUUGCUAUAUUAAAUGGGUUGAAAAGUUUUUGAUAGUAAUUUCUCAUGUUUGCAAAUAGUUGAAUUUACUGGAAAGUAGAGUUAUUGCAGCAACAUGUUAACAUGAAACACAACAAUUAAUUUUAUUGAUAAGUAAACAGUAUUCAUUUGACUAUCUACUGAUAAGUUUUUGUAUUAUAUUUCAACCCAACUAUUUUCCACAAUUUGUGAACACCAUUACAAAAUAAUUAAUUAGGGAAACAUACAUCAUGUUUGAAAUGUUGUGUCCAUAGUAAGCGUACAGGAUUGAGGAGGGUGUAUGUUGGAAUAGUCUCUCUUGUCUGUAUUGUUAAUUUGCUAAUCGCUCCUGUUGCCAAUGUUUGAGGAUUUUAGUAGGCAGUGACUUUUUUCAAACUUAGAAACUAUCAUCGUGAAAGCCAUACUUGUGCCUGGUAACUCAUUCUUCUUCUGAUAAACUAGUUUUAAGAAGGAUGCAAUAUUUUAUUACAAAUAUUUGAUGCAUAGCCUGUGCACAAACAUUUAAUUUAAAUAUAAUUUUACAGCCAAUACCAAUCCCUACACAUGAUGAAAUGUCAGUUGGAUCAGUGGAAAAAUGUACCAAACAUCUGCAAGAUUUGAUGUAAUUAUUUAAAUUACAUGAAUAUUAACUGAUACUAGAAGAUCUAAGAAUAUUCAAAAGAAUAUAAAACUUUUUUGAAAAAUUAGAACUCAGCAUAGGCCAAAUAAACAAGAUUCUUAGAAAAAGAAAUGUGUAUAAAUGAAAAAAGGUAAGCAACUUUUUUACUGGUUUUAUACGUUGAAAAAACACACACACACAUGCAGAUUUCUUAUAAACCUGUAGUUCAAGCCUGCCAUGACUUCAAAAUUUUGAUGCACACCUCAAAAGGAGAAGAAAUAAAUUACAAGUUUCUACUUAUACAGUUUAGGUUUGUCAGGUAAAAGUGAGUCAUACAAAGAAAUUUUCACAACUUAUUUGAUAGGUUAGCCUACCUAGAACAAUCAACUUCAUUUACAAAUAAGACUUAAAGGCAUGUACCGAUGAUGCACAAAAGAACUAUCUGUGGUAAGAGGGCAGCUACAGACUUUCCUUCCUUCAUUUAAAAAGUACUGAGUUAUCAUCUUUCCACAAGCUCAGUGGAAAGUGAGAGUGAGAGGGACUGAUAGUGACUAUGUUAUUUGAGUAAAUAUCCAGAGAAGGAUAAAAGGCAAGAUAUGGUCUGCACAACUUUCUUAUUUCAAUUUUAUAACAUAUUAAGCUAAGUUAUUUAUAUUCUUGCUUUGUGCAUUAUGCAGAUGCCAAUUAAUUUAACUUUCAAGAAGGUCAUAGUAAAAACAUGAAUUAAAAUAGCAGAGACCACUUUAAUUUCAGUCCUAAUUAAAGGGGAAUCUUUGCUUUUCCAUUUUCCCACCCUUUAAAAAACACAUAUUUUGUGACCAAUUCCUUAUAUCAAUGUUAUGUUUGGGUAUGAGUAUUGGUAAGAAAUGCCAUGCAUUAAUGAAAGCUUGAGCAAGAGUAUUUCAGGCAAUUCAAAUAAAAGUAUUACAUGUUACAAUAUGGCAACUUACACACCAAAAUUAUCACACAACUCCAAACAAAGAAAGUCAUAUAACCUGUUUCAACUUUUGAAGGCAUGGGCUUAAGAAAGAAAUAAAUAUGGUUAACAGUCACAAUUAAUAUAAAGUUGAAAGUUUAAAAGCUAAGAGAUAUACAUUACAAUCAUCAAAUCCUAUGCAUUUUAACAAAAAAGGGUCAGUUACAACUACAACUUCUCCCAAACAUUCAUACUAACAGGAAAUUAUUAAUUUUUGUCACUAGGUAGUAAUGUACUUACAAUGGUUCCACUGAAACAAAUGCAUUUUUCUAAAGUUAUCUCAUAGCUUAUGACUGUACAGGUCAUGUGGGUGGUUCCUGCUUGGGGACUGACAUUUCAAUUACCUCAGCAAACUGUAAUCAUCAGAAUUGCAAGCCAAGGUGUAUUUAUCAAGUGCUCAAGUUUCAAAAGUAGUGACCCACUUGUUACAGUCGAGUUCACUCCUUUUUUAGGCCAUCUUCGGCUUGAUCAUCCUGUUACAUGUGAAAACAUCAAAUGUUAGUCACAUAUUCAAAUACUUGCUUAAAUCAAAGUUAUAAUUUUUUUAGUAACCUGCUUCCUUUAACACUUUAAUUCCUGAUAGUGACUAGCAUCUAAUUUCCCCUUUCAAUACCCCCCCUGAAUCAAUCAUUAAGAUUAUGAGAAUAAAGGCAAUAAUAAUUAACUAAACAAAACCUCUUGAUUGUUAAACAAAUUCUCCCUGCUAGCACAUAACAAAAUGUAUUGAGAACAGUAUGGAGAAUAUGCAUACUGAUGUUAGGGUGUAAAGGGUUAAUAGUGCUCCAAAAGUUGUAAAUAUUGUUGAAGAAAAAGAAAGUUCUUGAAACAUUCCAUGUUAAAUGAAACUUUGUCAUGAAUGUUAGUUGCGACAGCAAUUAAAACAUCUGUGAAGCAACAAUAACAAUUACGUUUCCAUGUAAACAACCCAUGAUGAAGCAUGAUAUGGAUAAAUUUAAUCUCACACAGUUUGAAUGUAGAAUCCGAAAUCUUAAAAUAAGAAAAAGCUCUAUGGGUUUUUCCUGCUUCUUUCAUUCUAAAUAUCACAUAUCAAUCAUGCCACCACUUAGGUGUGAUUUUUUUCAAGAUGUGUACUUUUUCUUAUGGUCAUCUAUUUUUAGUAUCCAUCUUUUACCAGCUGACAUCUGAGAAGAAUCAAGUCCACACCAGUGAUUUGACACAUUGUAAGCAAACCCUACAACUGACUAAAUUUUAUUUGAUCAAAAACAUGAAGGGCAACAGAGGAAAUUGGCUAGCACAAUUCAAGUUUCCUUUCUUAUGCAUUCUGUGAUCAUUUCUUCUACAAUAGGGUAAAGUUUACAGUUUCCCUCAUUUUAUUGUCUUCUGUUCAUCUGUUUGCUUUCCUAACAAUCUUAACUAUUGUUGCCAACAAAUGCAAGGAGCAUAUAAAAUAUGUACAGUUAUUAACACUUUAAUUCCAGAGAGUGACUAGCAUCUAAUUUCUCCUUUCAAUAUCAUCCCUAAAUCAAGCAUUAAGGUCAUGAGAAUAAAGGAAAUAAUAAUCAGCUGAAGAAUGUCUUGAUUGUUAAACAAAUUCUCCUUCCCAGCACAUCAGGAAAUGUAUGGAAAACAACAUGGAGAAUAUGCAUACUGAUAUAAGGGUGUAAUGGGUUAAAGACAUCAUGUAAUCAGUUUUAUAUUUGUAGAAUAUUGCUUGAAUAUAUAAUUGUGGUGAGUGCAAGUACCUAGUAAACAUCAUUCCAUGGUCUUCUACUCUUCCACCUUGGAGGGUGCCUUGUGUACAUAAAAAUUGAAGUUCAGUGCCUUUACGAGCUUUUUUGGCUACAAAGAUCAACAAAGAACAACAGCCAUACCAAAAAAUGUUUUUGAAGACACCUCUACAAUGGCAGGUACACACAACUGACAUGUUUGAGUAAAGCAUGUCAAGCAUUAAGGUAUGAUUGUCAGUUUGCUUUUCAUUUCUUGCAAACAGCUUAUUUCUACCAGCUUCGAAAACUUCUGUAUCCUUGCUUUCAAAGAAAACCAUUUCCAUGAACAUUUAAACAUUAAAGACAUAAGCUACCAGCAACAGGUUUUUCCAUUGUUUCAUAACAUCAGAUUCUCAUCACAUUUUUUUGUUACAUUUGAAAGCAUAAGAAAAUUGUAAUCAUUACAAUAUAAUGAAAUCCCACAUUUUAACUGUUUUAGUCCCACUAGUGACCAAGACAGAAUUUCUCCUUACACUAUCAGUACAGUCAUUACAAUAUCAAGCAGAGGAGUGAUGAGAAUAAAGAAAAAUAUCAAUUAGAGGAUAAUUGGUUGAUCCAAUUCCAAAUUCUCUAACCAAACAUCACAUAAGUUGUAUGGCAGACAGUAAAGAGAAUUACUAAUAAAAUCUUAAAAGUUAUAGGGUUAUGUUAUAGGGUUAUAACAUACUCCAGUAAAGUGUUCUUAUGAACAAUGAAGUUUCAAACUCACUGAAAUUAAGUUGGCUUCAUGAUUCAGAUUUUAAGUUAAGAAAUGUGUAAUAUCUCUUUACAUGGAUGAAGAGAGAAUGCCAUUUAUGAAUUUUAAAAUAGUAAAUGCAAAAAAACUUAUGGAUGGAAUUUUAAAACAAUAAUAAAUUAUGGCAUGUCUAUUCACUGAGAUUUUAAUCAUUGGCUGGCACACAGAGAUAUAAGAGAGGCUUUGUGAAAAAGAUUAGGGCAAUAAAAUUAAAGAUUCAGGAAGCGCAUAUGACAUCAACUAGUUUACCGAUGUUCUCACCUGAAUUCAGUCUAAAAAGAACUCUGCAACACUUCUGUUUUAUCUUCUCACUCUUGAAUUAAAACAUAAAACUUUAUUAUUUGCAGGCAGGUUAAGGAGGAAAUUAAAGGAAUGGAUAUAUGUUACAUAAAAAGAAACCUCUUACGAUAAAAAUAAAGCAGAAGCAUAUUACCUACGUGUCUUUGCUUCUGAAGAAAUCUGCAAUAUGUAUUUUUUAAGCAAUUAUCUACAUAAUCAUGUAAACCGGGUGCAAUAUACGGUCGUAAAAGCAAUCAUUUUAUUCUAACCUUCCUCCUUCAAGGGUGCCUUGUGUAUCAAUUAUAUCAAGUUCGGUACCUCCAGAGUCAUAAGCCGAGCUUUUGGGGCUACAAAAUAAUAAAAUAAUCAACGCGUUAUGGCAGGUCAAUUUAUUGAGAGUCGAUUAAAUAUAGUUUUCCUAUAAUCAUAUGGAAAGUUUAAAAUGUGCUUCACUUGUGUUACAUAUUCGGAUUUAUCGAUGUAAAUUACUGAUGAAAUUCCGAGAGUGCGACUCAAUUAAUUCAAAAGAAAAUAUCCAAGUAGAUUACAGAAAUGGUUCACGAAUUGUAAACUGAUAAUGUGUAAACAAAACCUCCCUAAAUUAUGGUGCCGAUGCGAAUUUAUCGUUCAUAAUCACUUAUGAAAUUCCGAGAUUGUACCUCAAUGAAUUCAAAAGAAAAUAUCCACGAAGGUUACAGAAACGGACUCUCAAAAACGGCUCUCGAAUUAAAAAUCUGUAAACAACAAUUGUUUACCCUGACCAUGUGCUUGUGAGCUCAAAUCGCCAAGACCCCGUUUAAUUACACGAUCACAGCUCCGACGCUUCUUGCAAAAUGUGAUGGCUGUCGAUUUCAAAGAUCAAUUCUUUAGUUUCCAGCUUAGGAAAAAAAUAUCGCAUUGCAAGCAUGUUCAUCAUAACACGAGCAGUCGAGAUGUUGAGAGAAGAGGGAGUGGCUCCAUGUUUUGUGAGACAAUCGAAAUGAUUUCCUGAAGUUCGUACGAAUCGAGUAGAAAGCAUGAAAACAUAGCGCUGGAAAGUACCAUGACUGAACAAUAAAGUUUACUCGUUCCGCAGUGGAACUAAUUCCAUUUCACCCGCGAGUUUGUUCGCACAUGACAUUAGUGUCAAAAUCAAAUUACCGCGUCAGACUUAAUGUCCACAUGGACAUCGCUGGCUCAAUCUCAUUUUAUUUGAAUUUUGAGAAAGGCUAUACCACUUCGCUCUUAGGCUAAAACAACACUUUUUCGACAAAGCGCGAUUUUUUUUUCAUGAACAGAGUAAAUCCUGCGAUAGUUGACUGGAGAGAGAAAGAGGUAGAAACUUGCGCUCGCCGUUCGCUAUCAUUUAAGAGCUUUCGUACAGGUCACAUGAUUUCGAGUGCAAUUUGGAAUAAAUAAGCACUAGUAAAUUUUUUUAAAAACUAACAAAAUUGCCCGUAGGGCGAGUACAAUUUGUGGUCUUUGAAAAAAUUAACAAGUGCUUGUUUAUUCCAAAUUGCACAAGAAAAAUCAUGUGAUUACGUGUUAAUAGUAUACAUGGAAAAAUUACGAGAUGGCUUAUCAUAAUUAAGCAUAAGCAAAGCGCGCGCAUCAAGUGCAAAAAUAAUUUAUUCAAACCGCGCAUUCGGUCAAAACAACCGCGUACGAUCAAAACAUUAAUAUGCAAUGAUAUCUUCACAUCUUUAAGGCGCAAAAAAGUUCAAAGUCUGGCUAAACAGUUCAAGGAAUUGUUUAGUCUGUGUCCGAAUCACUUUCGAUGAAAUGGAGUCGUCGUUUCCGAGGUUUAACCAUGUUUGUUUUUAAUUUCGGCGUUGGAUCAGUCGAGCAAAGUGUUAAGUUGGGUCGGCUCGUAAUUUUCGAUUUCCUCGGCAAUUCCCUUCUCUGAACACCGCUUUUUCCAAACCGACAACCAAAAAAGCAGUACUUUUUACAGUGUUUUCGUUGUUUGAGCUGAUUUUCAGCUGCGGUGGCGAAAGAAAACCUACUUAAAACGCCGGCCAUUGUUUGCUCGCAAAUUUUCAAAUUUUGUUGCGACAUCCAAGGCUCGCAUUUGAUUGGCUAUCUGCGAGUUUCUUUGGUUAUUGACCGAUCAGAAUGUCUGAUUUGUUACUUUCUUUGCACUGAAUUACCUGAAAACUGCAUUUAUUUUAACCAAUCAGAACUGAGUAAUUUUUCCAUGUAUAUUAUUAUAGGAAAAACAAAAUCCGUGACAUAACUUCUUUUCCAUUAACACCACGACUGUAUAAAACAUUCUAAACAACAAGACAAGAAAUACCUUGAAGAAUAUGAACAGGCGCAAGGGUUUUUAGGCGAUGAAGGCCAAAUCCAUUGUUUUAUCGAGACGUGAUUUUAAUUAUUAACUGAAGCUAGUAUCAAACGACGAUUGCUAAAAAACGUUUGCAAUUUUGUGGGCCUUAGCGUUAGAGAAAACCCAGAUAAGACACGACUUACCUCCUCAUUUUUCUCGGAUGUUUUGUAGAUCGUUUCUCUUUGUUGAUGACCUCUUCUCAGUAUGUUUUCAGUAGCGUCUUUGUAUUUCCUUCUCGCGUUACUCUUCGCUAGAUAUUGGCCUUUUUGCUUUUGUCUUUCUCGUCCUCUUUCGCGUUCCUCUUACCGUAAUUCAACCGUAUUGGUGUCCUCUCUAACAUUUUUGCGCGUUUUUCUCGACUCCUUUUACGUCUUUUACUUCUUGUUUUGUUUUUUUUUUUUGUCGCUCAGUCUCUUUCUUUUCAUCCUAUUUUCACUCAAAACCCUCUCUCCACAAACUUGAAUCAUAACAAUUUCCUCCCGUUGACAAUGCUUUAGCUCUGCCGGUAUUGUUGCCCUGCGAGUUGAUUAGAAUUUGCGAUAUACUGAGAAUUACUGUUAAACUACAACCUCACCAGUUUGAUUUCGUACUCAAAACGCGGGUUGCAAAUAAUUUGCUUACGUGGUUUCACAUCCACUAGCCCACGUGAGGCCCUCGAACAAUGCCUAGCCGUGUACCCGCGGUACGCUGCAUUGAAGCUCGACACUCGAGUAUGCGCACUUCAUUGUCAUCUGCCGGUGUUUCCUGGCGCACACUAAUAGGGUGUCCAAGUUACGCGCGCAAUCGCGCCUACGCAUUACUUUCUCCCUCGCCCUUCCAUUACGUAAUGGCUAGGCUUGAGUCGAUUGUGCCAGUAUAAUUUUUAGCAUAAUUUGGCAAAACGAGCAUAAUUUUUAACUUUUUUCAAAGAAAAGCAUUACCGGAAUAAUUUGCAUUUUUACUUCCACGAUGUGAACAAUUUUCGUAAUUUUGUAUUGAAUAUACUUCUCUUGACUGAAUUAUGUUUCUAGAAUGUUGUUGCUAAUAAUGAAUUGCGCUUACGGUGGAUUCACUGCGGUCGUUGUAACGUUUCCUGGUUUUAGGCCCUACUCGUACGAAUCGCUAGCGAGUUGACUGAGAUCCAAGAUAAAAGAUGGCGUCCACCUCGUCGAACACUUUUAGUUCUUCAGGUAAUGUCUCAUUAAUUAACUCCUCUUUCAAAGAUUCGCAAGACCAUGCUCCAGGAGAUUAUGUUCGGGCUUGUGUUAUGCUUCAGUACAAUAAACGCUGAUAAGCGUAUUACUCUGCAUCCUUACUUUGACUUAAGAAGCUCCAUUGAUUGAAAAAUGAUGAGCAGCAUGUUUAUCGAUUCUGAGGAACAAAUGCAGGGGAAACGUGCAACGACACAAUGUUUGAUAAUUGGUUUAUUAAAAUAAUGGACCGCAGUCACCAGAUAAGUAAUCAGUUGCUGUUUGUUUUAUGUUUACCCCGGUGCUCUGCCUUUAUUUUGCUUAAAAAUCAAGUAGCAUAAUUCUGAUGCCAGGAGCAUAAUUUAGAGAAACGAGCAUAACUCAUUAAUAAAUUUCAUAAAUUUUGAGCAGUGCUAGGAGCAUAAUAUGCCAGUUUUACGGGCACAAUCGACUCAAGCCUAGUAAUGGCUAAGAUAGUGCCCGUAGUAAAGUUGGCCGCGCAUGCUAAAAGUAGCACCUUAUACGGUCUGUCGAACGGUCGCACGUCCAAAUUUUUUCGGCUUGAUGGGUUUCAACUAUUUCGUAUAGUUAUGGGGCUAUUAUAAUAUAAUAUUACUGCUAGUUCAAAGAGGAAAGAGAAUAAGAUGAACCAUCAAAAUGAUAUAAGCGAUUAAUAUUACAACAAUUUAGCUCCUGAUCCUUGAUAAUAAUCAUUUAGGCAAACUUUUUGUUUGAAAAUAAUUGAAACCCACCCUGUGUCUUUUAACAAGUUAUAUAUAUAACGCACUGAAUAUGUACAAGUCUCGGACUUCAUCAGCUUUUAAAUGUAUCUCCACUUCUGAUUAAGUAUUUUAUUCAACAGAUCGAACAAGAGUGGCAAGGUUAAUUUGCACUUAGACUCAAAACCAAUUUCUAUUUUCUGUCACAUGGGAGACUUUGGAUGCGGAGAUGGAGGAUGGACGCCGAUCAUGAAGAUUAAUGGCAACAAGGUAACAAUUUCUCCGCGAAGAAAAUUAGAAGAAAAAAUAGAUGGGCGAAAAAUUUCUGCUGAGUCCUUAGUAACCAUCGAGCAUCGCUCAAGCCUAUUUUUUGGCCCUGAAACUAAAAGACGAUUCAAUUGACGAUAUAGGUCAGCAUUACAAGCUAAAAAGGGUAGGGGCAAAGUUGGCUGUGGUUUCCGUAACAACCGCCAAAAGUCGUCUUUACUAGACGAGCCACCAAGAGUCCCUCACGCGUAUUUGAUGACUCUGAGCUUAAAACAGGCUAUUAUUGAUGCUAUGUUUAAAUUCGAAAAAUCCUUUGUCAACAAUUUCAGUAUACCUUCCAUUACUCUUCCCAUUUCUGGAAGGACAGAAGGACCUAUCAAGAUGCUGCUGGCAAGAAUGGCUUUGACUUACAGGAAACAAAGUUACCAACCUACUGGAAAACAUCCUUCUCCAAGAUCUGCCUCGGUAUGAAGAUUGGACGACGACUCCCGAUCAGGUUCAUCUUAAUCAACAAGACAGCGAACUCUUUGUAUUCAUUGAUCGCUGACGGGAAAUACCGCGCCACCUUACUGGGUCGUGACACGUGGAAGAAGGUGGUUGGUUCGCAAGCCUCUUUGCAACUAAACUGCAACAAGGAAGGGUUCAAUGUUGUAAGUGACAAGCGUGGUUUCUAUAGAGCAAGAAUCGGCAUCAUUGCUAACCAGCAGAAUGACUGCUCCACUUGCAAUUCCAUAAUCGGGUUUGGUGCUGGAUAUUUUUCGUGCGGAAAUAAAGCAAAACAUCAGCCUGAUAAUGGAGACAAGAACAUCCGAGCCAUGGGGUACAUCUUAGUGCAGUGA